AUGGGUCGGCUGGUGGUGGUGUCUGGGCUGACACAGACUCUGGUGGUGGUGUCUGGGCUGACACAGACUCUGGUGGUGGUGUCUGGGCUGACACAGACUCUGGUGGUGGUGUCUGGGCUGACACAGACUCUGGUGGUGGUGUCUGGGCUGACACAGACUCUGGUGGUGGUGUCUGGGCUGACACAGACUCUGGUGGUGGUGUCUGGGCUGACACAGACUCUGGUGGUGGUGUCUGGGCUGACACAGACUCUGGUGACUCUGGUGGUGGUGUCUGGGCUGACACAGACUCUGGUGGUGGUGUCUGGGCUGACACAGACUCUGGUGGUGGUGUCUGGGCUGACACAGACUCUGGUGGUGGUGUCUGGGCUGACACAGACUCUGGUGGUGGUGUCUGGGCUGACACAGACUCUGGUGGUGGUGUCUGGGCUGACACAGACUCUGGUGGUGGUGUCUGGGCUGACACAGACUCUGGUGGUGGUGUCUGGGCUGACACAGACUCUGGUGGUGGUGUCUGGGCUGACACAGACUCUGGUGGUGGUGUCUGGGCUGACACAGACUCUGGUGGUGGUGUCUGGGCUGACACAGACUCUGGUGGUGGGGAGACUGUGGAUCCUGAGGCUGUGGAGGAUCCUCCACAAACUUCAGUCUGGACCUGGUCCCAGAUGUGAGUCCCUCAGGAGUGACCGGUCUAAGGAUGUACUAUGGAACUUCAGGAGUGACCGGUCUAUGGGAGAACCAUGGGACUUCAGGAGUGACCGGUCUAUGGAAGAACCAUGGGACUUCAGGAGUGACCGGUCUAUGGAAGAACCAUGGGACUUCAGGAGUGACCGGUCUAUGGGAGAACCAUGGGACUUAAGGACAGAGUGA